UGAAAAGAAUGUUCUAGCAGCAUGGAAUACAACACACACACACACACACACACACAAGGCUAUAGCGGAGCCUAUAGUAACGCGUGCUGUGCUUUACACGGCCCCCAACGCGCUCUGCUUCCGAUACUACACACACCACUCGACAGCUGCAAAGACAUCAGGCUCGUUCACAAGGCUCCUCUUCAACUCGGCCCAGAACGCAUACGACGGCCGUGCCUGCUUUUCGCCCGUUUUUACACACCACAUCGCACCAAAUGCGCAGCCCGCCGGCUUGAGUACAACGCGCGCCGCGCCUUUUCAUGUGCGCUGCGCGAGACUGUUGCUCUCUAGCCGGCCAGGCCGGGCCACGGGGGAAACGAGAAAGCCCGUCCUCGCUCAGCGUGUGCUUCAACGUUUUGAAUCUCGUUUUGCGAGUUGGAUUUUCACCGAGAAAUGCUAUGAGAAAACACAUCUGAGCGCUCGCCGCGUCCGUGCAUUCAUUCAGCGGCGCCCGAGUUGAGUCUACAUCGCUCUCAUAUCUGUUUUUAAGACCAGCCCCCGGCCGCGGGGAGGGAGGAUCAUCCUGUGUUACACACUAACGUACAGCGUACGACUCGUGUAUUCUACGUAGUUCCAAGAGAGAUGGCAGAAGUCGCACCCGCUCCCGCCGCCGCGCCGGCCAAAGCGCCCAAGAAGAAAGCAGCUUCGAGAGCAAAAAAAGCCGGCCCUAGCGUCGGCGAGCUGAUCGUCAAAGCCGUUUCCUCGUCUAAGGAGAGGAGCGGCGUGUCUCUCACUGCUCUGAAGAAAGCGCUGGCUGCCGGCGGAUACGAUGUGGAGAAGAACAACUCCCGCGUCAAGAUCGCCGUUAAGGGUCUCGUGACUAAAGGCACUCUGGUGCAGACCAAAGGGACCGGCGCGUCUGGCUCUUUCAAGCUGAACAAGAAGCAGACCGAAGCCAAGAAGCCCGUGAAGAAAGCCGCGCCCAAAGCGAAAAAGCCCGCCCCCAAAAAGCCCCCCGGGGCUAAGAAGCCUAAGAAGGUAGCAGCCAAGAAACCCGCCGCCGCGGCCAAGAAGUCUCCUAAGAAGGCGAAGAAGCCCGCCGCCGCCGCAAAGAAAGCCACCAAGAGCCCGAAGAAGGCGAAAAAGCCCGCGACCUCUAAAAAGGCAGCCAAGAGCCCCAAGAAAGCGAAAGCUGUCAAGCCCAAGACCAAAAAGCCUAAAGCGGCAAAGGCGAAGAAGGCAGCACCCAAAAAGAAUCAUCCACCAGUAUUGAAGGCCAUAUCAGUGCCAGGGAGGGCCUCCAGCCGUCUCUACUGGCAUUAGGAAGGAUCAAGGGCAGGAUUGACAAAUUCUACGUGGUUGUGUAUAAGCACCUCAUCCCUUGCACAGGAACCAGCUCCUUGAGUGCUAUAGAUGAACUCUUCAAAGUCCACUAUGUGUUCAAACUGUCAUAUGAGGAAGCCCUUGUCAACAUCUUUACCUUCCUGCAGACUACGAUCUACAACAUUGAUGUUGGUCUUAACAGUGAGUCUCCCAGAGUAAAGGAAUUGCAUGCAAAGCUUUUGAACUUGGUUAAAUGUUAGUACA